AUGAAGAUUCGGUUUUCUAUCGGUUUAGUUGGUUUAUGUUCACUGUUCAUAUUCCGGUUGACUGAAUCGGAAUUCAUUGUCUUGAUGACGACAUCACUGUGUACCAAGCAGUAUCUGAGGCAGUGGUUGUAUAAACUGAAGAUAUGCAAUGUUUCAGAUUUAAUGGAGCACAUAGACACGUUCAAACAAAUAAUCGGUGAUCUUGUAUCUGUGGAUUUAAACACAGAUAAUCCCAUGGUUUUGUUGUGUUCUUUGCCCCCUUUGUUGACAGCACUUACUUGUAACAAAGAGAAAGUUUCUGCUUCGUUGCGUUUUCCUAACGAGCGCUGGCCCGAAGUCAUCUCUUGGGAGCCUAGAGCUUUCGUUUACCACAAUUUUUUGACAAAUGAAGAAUGUGAGCACUUGAUUAGCCUCGCGAAACCUAGUAUGGUGAAGUCGAAAGUGGCUUAUGAGACAACCGGAGUGUCUAAAGAAAGCAGCAAACGGACGAGCACGGAAACUUCUAUUAGAAGAGGACAUGACAAAAUCGUGCAAGACAUUGAGAAAAGGAUUUCAGAAUUCACCUUCAUUCCUGUAGAGAAUGGAGAAGCGCUUCAAGUUAUCCACUAUGAAGUUGGGCAGAAAUUUGAGCCUCACUUUGACGGAUUUCAAAGAAUUGCUACUUUCCUUAUGUACCUCUCGGACGUUGAUCAAGGCGGGGAAACAGUUUUCCCUUUAGCCAAAGGAAAGAUUAGUAAAGGAGGACUCUCUGUUUUACCAAAGAAGAGAGACGCUUUACUCUUCUGGAACAUGAGGCCUGACGGGUCUCAAGACCCUUUUAGUAACCAUGGUGGUAAUCUAGUAAUCAAAGGGAACAAGUGGGCAGCAACUAAAUGGUUACACUUUCAAGAGUAUCAAUCAUAA